UGUGAAUGCAGAAAUGGCGGUGAAGUUGUAGUGACAGUCAUGGAUCGAAUAGCUAAUUCUUUCGCGAAUAGUUAUAAGAUCUUUAUACUAGUUGUCGUUGGUUUAAGUUUAUUCCUCAAAUUCGUACCCUACUUUAUAACCGUGACAGUUUUAGUGAUUCUUUUCGGAAUCCUCGUGUACUUUGACGCAUCCUGUGCAACCGAUGUUUGUGCUCAAAUCGUUUCCUGGGUUCAUUUGCUUUACGCUCAAAUUUCUAAUUGUUUCGUGAAUAUCAACGCUCAGCCACGGAAAGUGACCCACCAUGGUCCCGUGAACUUUAGGCCUCCUUUUCAAAUAAAUCAUUUAAAUUACAUGAAAAUGAAAAAUGACAUGCCCAGUCCUAUCCCACGUGAACUUAACCUCAAUCCGUCGGUCAGACCACUUAGAAACCGCAGUGUCGGUCCCUCACCUGUCCCUUUAGAUUAUUGUAUUAAUUUCCGGGAUGAUAAAUCGGCGGGUUCUUCUCAUUGCUCUCCAAGAAGUGGCCAGAAUCCAAAGAGUCCUAUCUUAAAUGACAUAACCCCAAACUACAGCACUCAUCAGCGUUACUCUCCGCCGUCCAGAAGUGAUAGGAGUACUAGAAGAGAUUACCAUGUCCCAAGUCCUGGUCCCAGCUCCAUAUCAAGUAAUUGUAGCCAGUUGUACGACAACAUUUCAAGUCCAGGAUUUAGUGGCCGCAUUGCUCAGUGUGUAUCGGAGCAAAACUCUCUGAACCGCUCAAAGCUACAAAAUCUGGGCGAUUUUCCACUAGUUCACUUCAAUCAGCAAGAGGCCAAAAAAAAGUUGUCUCCCAAUAACAGUCAGACUACUUCAAAACCAAGAGUCACUGUACGCAUUGCACCUCCUGCAAACAGAUCUUUGAAGAAAGUUUAUAAUGUUGAACAAGAAGAGAAGAUGAAAUCAGUUCUCGAAGUCUUGAAAGAAAUGUCUCGCAAGAGGAUGUACUCAUCUGUUGACACAGAUGAAGCAGAAAACUGCAAAAGAUUGAGGACCACCUCUCAGUCUGAUACUCCUAUCAAUAGACGUGUUCCUAUCUCUCCCAACAGUAUAAUGUCCUUAGAUAUUACACCUUUGGGUAAACGCAUUCGAGACACGUCAUCAGACUCUAUUGAUGAAGAAGUGAAGAAGAAGCGGAAACAAGUAUCCACUACGAACAAUGAAAUUAAAAGUUCCCUGAGUUCUAGCUUGGCUAUUACACCUCCUCAUUUAUCAAGAUCAAACUCCAACAAACGAAAAGCAACAAAUGACAUUACCUCAGCAGACAAACACUUCAAAGCAAGCUCAAUAUCAGAUCAGUCAAGUGAAACAUCUUCUGAAAAAUCAUCUUUAAGUUCUCAUUCGGUAAAUGCUGAAGCAGAAAACAAUAAUGAUUCAAUCGUUGAAGAAGUUUCGAGUGAAAAUACCGAGAUAGAGGCGAGGCGAGAAAUUUCUCUUGACAAAACCAGCGGCUCUAGUGUUAUUAUCAAAAAGACAAGAAAAAGUUCCGAGGACAGUGUUGAUAGUAAUAGUAGUUUGUCACAUGAUGAAACUGGUGUGCUACGACUAAAACCCAUCCAAAGGAAAAUUCCUGUCCUGAAAACUCCAGAAGAAAAACCUAACAAGGAUAUCUUGCGCCUACCCAAAGAUUGGGAAGCUAAUCCAAGAUCUCUACAAAAAACACCUAAAAAUCCUGGAAAAAUGUUGAAAAAAAUUCUGUGUGCCAUUGAAGGAACAGAGGACAUAAAUUUUGAUUCCAUGCCUGAGCACGUGAAGAAACUAAUCGCACAUGUAGAUGAUGUAGAUAGUUCAAACAGUCCAGUCUCGAAAAGCCCUGCUGACAGCACCAAGGAAAUCAGGAGUGAACAAAAGCAGUCCCCGUUAUCAAGCAAUGCAGGUAUUAAUAAAGCCAGCACCAGUGUCACAACAUCUUUCGCUUCACCUGUUGUAAGCUCAUCGUUGUCAUCCUUCAAAUUCCCCGACUCAGGAGCAAAAACCGGCAGUCCCUUCACUUUCUCUGCAUCAAGCCAACUGUCUAAUCCAUUGUUAAGUGGGCAGCGAUAGUCUUUGUUGAAUGUGCCGUGCGCAUGAAAAACGUACGUGCAUUGAGGAGAAAGUUUUAUACCCUACUAUUAAACCAGUAGGAGAGUUGAAAUGAAGUCUGGUCAGUCUGUCGUGGCGAAGUUAGGUUUUUAUUUUGCUUUAGAGAAGCUGCCAAUAUUGGUAGAUUAAGUUUUUUUUUUUUUUUUACUUUGUAUCCUACAUCUAGUGUCACUUAAUUGAAACUCUCAUUAACAUGAUUAGAAUUUGCUUUAUUUUUUAUUGUUGUUGGAGCUUGUUCAGAAACUGUGCAUGAAGAGACUGUAUGCUUUUUCUGAGUACAAAUAGAAAUUUGACCUUGAUAGUUGGUUCACCUUUCCAAAUGGGCUGAUAUGUAUUCGCUAACAUUUAUAUUUUCCUUGAUUGAAAGUGGACCAUUAUCACGGUUUAUCUAUUCUAAACCAACAUAUAAGGAAAAAAGUAGCAUUUACAAAAGGCGUAAAGUAAUGCAAGUUUCGGUUUUUUUAGCAAAAGAAAAUACACAUCAUAUUUUGGUUUGUGUUUACCUAAAGCCAGUGUAAUUACCUGUGAACUAAGACUUUAUAGAGCUUAGCAGGUUAGCAUUUUAUUGAUUGCCAGAGUGUUGAAAAUGAAGUGUUGAAUUUUACUCCUCAGAACUUCUAGUUAUUUUUAGCUGAACUUCUAAUGAAUUGUCGGGCUCAUCAGUGAACGGGUUAUCUUCUAUACGCUACUCUCUUGUUUUAGGAGGGGGUUGAAGUUGUAAACCAAUUAUUCAUCACCUGUUAUUACUAUUGUGAAAAAAAUCAGUGUUGUCUUGAAGGAUUUGCUACAGUUUAAUGGAAACCUCGGCGCAUAGGCUAUGGCAUUGGUUGCUCCCAAUGUAGAAGGGUGGAACCUUUUGAAUUAGGACCGAGUUGACUACUGCAUUGAGAUUUCCACUCAACUGUUAGGAAUUCUUUAAGACAACUUAGAUAUUUUUUAAAUAAUGACAAUUAGUGAUGUAAAAGUGAUGGAAUGGCUGUGAAGUAAAUGUAAACGUGUGAAUUAAAGGCUAUAAUACUUUGACCCUUUCCUGAAACUAGGAAGUAGCACCUAAAAAACAACUCUUUUGCUGUUGAAGUCAAAAGUUUGUCAGAAGUCCAGCUAAAAAUCCUGAAGGGUAAAAUUCAACAUCUCAUUUUCAAAGCUCAUUAAAACAAUCAAAAUCAACCUACCUUAGUUCCGUAGUCCUUAUCUUAGUUCCGUAAGAUCUUGUUUUGUAGAUAGUUACAGUGACUUCAAGUAAACAUAGACAAAAAUUUGACAGUUGCUUCUGUUUGCUCAAAAAGGGGAAACUUGCAUUACUUCUUUAAUAUCCUUUAAUCAUUGAAUGACUUCUUUUUGUAAAAUGGGUUGAGGUUAUUUGCUCAGCAAGCAUCCGUACUUUUCAAGCAAAAAUUGCUGUGAUCGGAUUUUCAAUCAAAAUUGUGUUCAUUAAGAAAAAACAAGUUUUUAUUUAAUACUAAAAGUUGGGCCUUAAAAAAUCAAUAUUUGAUUAGUUUCUAUGUUCAGGCUGAUAUGUUAAAGAUUGCCAGAAAAAUGUAUUUCCGAUGGUUGCAAAGAUUAGUUUAGUAGAAUAAUAGAGUCAAAGGGAACUAAUAAAAUGUAACCAAGAAUUCACAAAAGAAUACAGGAGAGUCAAAAAUAAUGGAGAAUCAUGUAAGCCAUGUAAUUUGCCUGAUGGUUUGAGGCAUGAAACCCACACGAUGGUUUAACUCCCUAUGUAGAGUAACUCAAAUCUUAGCAGGUCCCCUUCUCUCCAUGAUAAAGGUUUUCAAUCAUCAUAUUGCAAAAUUUAAAAUUAGACUUUCCUGUAUCUGCAAAGAUCUCUCAAAUUUUGAGUCUACGUUUCAAAGCUCUAUACAGUCAAUAUUCAAUGUAAUCCAACCAAAAUUAGAAAUAUGCUAUAUGGAAUUGAAGGCCCCAAUUACCAAAAAUGCAAGCUCUCUAAUAUACUUUGGAUGGUAACUUCCCCAGCUAGGAUGUAUUUUGUAGACUUGAACCCAAUUUGCAAAGGUCUCUUUAUUUCUUUUGCACGGAAUGGGUUGUCAGACUCAACCAUCUACAUUUAUAAAAGUUGUUCCAGUUAUUAAACGUAAUCCAAUUCUUAGCAUGUGACUGUAAUGAAUAAGUGUUCUAAAAAUCCUUCUAAUUCUCCUUUCAUAAGUGACUAAUCUCGAUCAAAGAGAUACGACUCGGCUUAUACUUAAGUAUGAUUCCCAAGUUUUGAAGAAAUAUUUAGUUUCAGUAGAAUACUUGAAGUUCUUUAGUGUCAGUAAUCUUUUUCAUUAAAGAUUUUCCUCUUUAUAGUCUUCUUUUACUCCUCGUGUAUCAGUCCCAAAUAAUAUAAAUUGAUCAUUUAUACUAGAAAUGAAGCCACAAAAUGAGACACAAAAAUGCAAGAUGUUUUUGAAAAUCACAUUUUCAUUUGUAAUUCAAGAUAGAAUGACGAAAUAAGAAGGGGGAAAACCCACUGAAGUGACUCGCCGCUAAUUGUGAGAAUCUCAUCAGAAACGUCUUAGUUUUGUGUUUCUUAUUUUGCAGGCCUAAUCUCAGUCCUAUGAUCCUAGGUUGUUCUCAAUAUUAUAAUUAAAUUUUUGUUUUAAAGAGGGAACAAGUUCAUUUUCUAAGAAGCCUCAUUUUGCAUGUAUUCUAAUGCACUCCAAGUCUAAACGAAAUGAACUUGUUUCGUUUUAGGAAGAACGGAUUAACUUGUUUUGUUAUCACUGACUUUUCAGUUAUUGAUAGAUGAGUUGGGCUGGAAGUUCUGAAGGAACUGUUCCAAUUUUGCAUUAUUGUAUUAGCACUGUAUUUGAUAAACCUUUUGUUAUAAUGAUUCUAAUAUCUUAUUUUUCCUAUCAUCUCUGUAGCUAUUUCUUUCUCAAUUUUAAGUUUAUUUUUAUUUGCCUGAGCUCCUCUUUUAAUUAUUUUCUUUUCAUUUAUUUUUAUUCCAACCGCCAUCAACAGAUGCCAGAUCGAUUUUCUGUGGGUUUUUUUAAAGAAAAAAGUGUCAUCUACAUUAAUAUGAGCACACAAAUAUAUUUUCAAGAAAGUCCCCAUAAUUUACGUUGCAUCCCCACUGUAUAUGGUUUUCUACCCCUUAGUCAAGACUAAAGGUCUCCAAAAGCAACCACCAGGAAUCCUACGUAUUUAUUUGAAAACAGGUUUUUCGUUUUUUCGUCAUUUUAUACUUCCUUUCAAGAGGUUCUACAGGAAAAGUUUUAUGUAGUCGAAUUGGCAUCUCCUAUCAUGUACGUAUGUUAAAAUACUCAAGAAUUAUCAAUUUUAAAAAUGUUUGCUGGGUCAAUUCUUGCUUUUGGUCCUGGAAAAAUUUGCAAAAAAAACCAUUCGGAUAUUACGGAGAACAAACUUUAGAAUCUUUGAAAAUUGAAUUUGAAUGACUAGUUGGUAUACCUGUUAAUUGGAGUAUCUUCUUCUCUUGAAGGAUCUUGCUUUUGUCUUUUCAAAUUUUGCAUUAUUUUUUGUUAAAGAUGCUCACAGGACUUAGGAUAAUUUUAACUAGUUAUGCUAAAUUUGUCAAUCAUUAAUGUGAAACAUAUUAAAUUCGCCACAAGCUACUGCUGUAAUCCUCCAAAGAGCUUAGGCAGAGUCAGUAUGUCAGUGAGCAAUAUUUCUCAGCCGUGUAAGGAAAUAGAAAUGCAUUGCAGAAUAGAGCUUUUGCACUCAAGCAAAAAUAAUGAUUUUAAAUUAAUCUUUGAAUUUCUAUGUGCAGAAUACCCUACCAUUUUUUAUCUCUGCCAAAGAUCACCCCAAAGUAUUAGUCGAAAUCUCAGUCCUGAAGCUUUCAGUUCAAUCAGCAAUGACAGCCCCUUUUUUUUUCCUGAGGCAUAGUCUUGUAAGGUGUGGCACUUGAGGCUCGCAAGAUCGCUUCGUCAGUUGGUGAUGGAAGACGGCCUGAGGAUCUGUCAAAGAAACUUAAUCAGAGUUCCUCUGACAGCUUUUUAUACUGCCUUUGGUUGCUGACUUGUGCAACGGACUAGCAAGCUGCAAGUGCUAUACCUUAAAACUGAAUGUGAUCAUUUGAAUAAUUGUCAGAAAAGAGAUUACUGGCGCAUUGGCUGCAUCUGUAAAAAGUGAGAGACGAUGGCAGAGUGACUUUUCUUAUAGAUCAAAUGUUUGGAACCUUUGAGAGUUUAAAGUUUUUAGUUUUUGUUCCAGCACAAGGGCAUCAAAAAUUGUUUUUCAAAUUAUUACAAAGAAAGCAUUUGGAUAAAGCAACUUUUAUUAGUAUGCUGGAGGUCCCUCAUUAUAUGAUGUUAAAGCAGAAGAUUUCUAAGCCACCAGACAGGUUUGGAAAUGCUGCUUGUAGAGUUAAACUAUUUCUAGAGUUACAUUUUGAACUUGUAAAUAUGUGUAUGUACAUAUUAAAUUUUAGAAACUUCAAACACUGUAGAAAAUUUUCGCAAUGUAAGACUCCCUUUUUUUAGUUCUAAUUAUUGUUCUUAUUCUUUAAAAUCAUGGUCAAACCAAAACAUCCAGCUAACUAUCAGUUGAGCAUCAUCUCUGAAGUUUAGUUUUGAUUUUUAAUCAAUUAUGUAGGAAAAAGAUGUCUCAAUUAGCGAACCAAUAAAACUAUCUUUGAAUUGAAA